AUGCUUAUCGACUCCGGCGCGGACGUUAACGUUAUCGGGGGUAAAGACUGGCUUCGCCUUGAGCAAGAGUACAAGGCAGGAUUGGCCAAUCUCAAGUUUGUUGAACAAUCGAACCCUAAAGAUCUCCGUGCAUAUGGUACACACAGUCCUAUGAAAGUAGAAUGCAUAUUUCAAGCACAGAUUGUUGCAGUGGAAGGCAAAGCACCUGCCAUUCAAGCGAUAUUCUACGUUGUACGCAACGGAUCAAGAUCGUUGUUAGGUCGAUCAACGGCUAGUGAUAUGGGGAUAUUGCACGUUAACGCAACGGUUAACCAUCUAGACAAACUAAACGAUCUAACCGUCUUUCCUAAAGUACCUGAAGUUAAGGUAAAAUUUAGCGUUGAUGAAACAGUACCACCCGUCCGAAAUGCGUACUAUAACGUUCCUGCGGCAUUUCGAGAAGCAGCCAAGAAUCGACUGGCGGAAAUGGAAUCACAGGGUAUUAUCAAGAAAGUCACCAGUGCAUCCAACUGGAUUAGCGGUAUGUCCGCAGUUGCCAAGGGAAAGGACGACUUUCGCCUCGUGGUCAAUAUGCGAGGUCCAAACAGAGCAAUCAAUCGAGAAUACUUUCGUCUCCCAUUGCUCGAAGAGAUGAAAGUGCAACUCCAUGGGUCCAAAUUCUUUGCCAAACUCGAUCUCAAAAACGCUUUCUAUCAUCUCGAACUUCAUCCCGAAUCUCGUGAUUUAACAACAUUCCUAACGGAAAAUGGUAUGUACCGAUUUACCAGGUUGAUGUUCGGGGUGAACUGUGCCCCCGAAAUCUUCCAAAGGGAAAUGACACGGAUCCUUAAGGAUGUUAAGAACAAAAUCGUCUACAUCGACGAUGUUCUUAUGUUUGCGAGUUCGCUGGAAGAUUUGCGUAAAACUGUGUGCGAUGUGUUGGAAAGGUUGCGGUCAAACAAUCUAACUUUAAACGCUGCCAAAUGUGAGUUCGACAAAACUCGCCUGAAAUUCUUAGGUUACGAACUCGACGAACACGGUUCUCACGUUGACGAUGCGAAAAUCAAAAGCAUACAACAGUUUCGAGAGCCCAGUACGAUAUCUGAAUUGCGCAGUUUUCUCGGAUUGGCUUCUUUCGUCAGUCCUCACGUGAAGCAUUUUGCGGACAUCACUAGCCCCUUAUGGGAAAUUAUUGCCAGUAAAUCCUGGACAUGGGGAGCUAAACAGAGCGCCGCGUUUAACACGGUUAAAGAACAGAUUAUAAAAUGCUGUGUUACACUGGGAUUUUUCUCCGAAGACGACAAAACGAUUCUGUACACAGACGCCUCACCUGUAGCACUUGGCGCCGUUUUGGUACAGGAAGAUUUGCAAGGCAAGUCAAGAAUCAUUAGUUUUGCGUCUAAAUCCCUUACCAUUACGGAGAGAAAAUACGCUCAAAACCAACGAGAGGCUCUUGGAGCAGUCUGGGCCGUCGAACAUUUUUCGUUCUUUUUACUCGGUCGACACUUCACGCUGCGAACUGAUGCUCAGGGAGUAUCAUUUAUUUUGAAUCGAUCUCGUGAGGACUCCAAGAGAGCUCUCACACGAGCCGAUGGUUGGGCGCUACGGUUGAGUCCUUACAACUACACGGUGGAAUACGUACGGGGCGCGGAUAAUAUCGCUGAUCCUUCAUCACGAUUGUAUAGUGGAGAAGACAAGCCAUUCGACGAGGAAAACAGCCCAUGGGAGAUUGCAAGCCUGGAAGCAAACACCAUUGAGUUCAUCACGGAAAACGAAAUAAAGGCAGCUACAUCUGAAGACAAAACCCUUCAAGAAGUCAUGGACGCUCUCAAGUCUGGACAUUGGCCAAGACACUUGCGAAGAUACCAGCUUCUCGAAAACGACUUAGAUACUCGAAAUGGUAUGCUAGUGAAAACCGGUUGCGUGAUUAUCCCUGAAACCCUUCGAAAACGAACGUUGGAAGUGUCGCACCAAGGCCAUCCUUCAGCCGCCAAGCAUAAGAGUAUCUUGAGACAGCGUGUGUGGUGGCCCGGAAUGAAUCAGGAUGCUCAAAAGUGGGUAGACGCGUGUGCAACUUGCGCUGUUAAUGGUAGACCCGAAAAACCAACCCCAAUGCAACGUAUCUUUGCUCCAAAAGCAGUGUGGGAGACCAUCGCCUUGGAUUUCAACGGCCCAUACGCGAGGUUCGGUGGAAUCUCCAUCUUAGUUGUCGUUGAUUACAAAUCGAGGUAUUUAAUAGCUCGGCCGGUAAAAUCCACUAACUUUGAACAAGUCAAGAAGGAUCUCGAGGAUGUGUUUGAAAGAGAGGGCACUCCAAAGUUUAUCAAAUCAGAUAAUGGCCCUCCUUUUAACGGCCAGGACUACAAAACCUACUGUGAGAGUCGCGAUAUCACCACAAUUUUCUCAACCCCGCUAUUUCCACAACAAAACGGUCUGGUAGAGAGCUACAUGAAGCUAAUAAAUAAAGCCAUGGCAAGCGCUACACUGAACGGAACGAGUUACGUCGAAGAGUUGAGUAUGGCAAUCCAGGCUCACAACGCAGCAUGCCACAGUGUAACCCAAUAUCCUCCGGAGGAAAUCAUGUCAGGGAUCGAGAGGCGAAAGAAGCAGGAAAGAAACGGGAAGACCAACGACGAGGAGCCCGACCUUGCCGAAUCAAUCCUGGAGACACCGUAA